AUGGAUCCUUUGGAGAGGAUAUCUGAGGCUCUGGAGCUCAAUGAAGAGAAACGAAACAGCCUCCAAACUUUGAUGGGCUUCGUGAUGCUCCAGUGCAAAGAUGUUGAGGAGCACCUGAAGCUUUUAAAGAGUUCUUUCAGUGAAAGCUUCACUGAGCUUCAGUCCAGAGAGAAGCUCUUGAAGUCAGCCCAGGAAUCAGGUAGGAAAAGCUUUCAAGAAUUUGAUUCAAGGAGAAAAUGGAUAGAGGAGAUGUUGAAGAAAGUGGAGGGGAAAGAGAACUUGGUAAUAGGGAUUCUGCAGGAAAUGGAAAAGAAGGAAAAGCAAUUUGGGAGCACUGUUGAUGAAAAGCUCAGGGAAGUUUGUUUAAAAGAGCAGCAAGUUGAGGGCCUGAUGCGAGAGAUGAGUAUAAUUCAGAAUGAGAUGGAGAUAAGGGCCAAUGAGCUUCAUUUAAAGGAGAAGAAGUUGGAUGAGCUUGAAAAAGAACUUGGACUAAGGGAGAAGAUUUUGGAGUUAACUGUGGAACUUAAUCAUCAAAAGAGAGAACUUGUAACAAUACAAAAAUCCCAGAAACAGGGUGCCAAAGAACCUGAUUCAGUGAAUCAGGUGUACUCUGCAGAAGUGAGGCCUGAAUGCAGGAAAAGGUGUAGGAAUUCAUCAGUGGUGGAACUCAGAACAAAGACUGAUGUUGAUGCACAAAGCUCGGACAUGGGAGAAAAAUGCAGCAACCGUUCCAAAAGAACUUGCGUCGAUGAAAAAGAUGCUGAACAAGUUAAGGCCCUUGAUGAUGUUGGUGAGUUAGAUUCAGAUUCCGCUGAAAAUUCAGAUUCAGGAUCGAGUUAUAGGCCUAGUAGUUCAGACGAGAUUGACAACAUUCAUAUUAAUCUUAACGAUUCUGAAUCUGAUUCAGAUUUAAAGGAAAUUAAUGGAGUGUCAAAUUCUUUUGACGGAGCAGAGUCAUUAUUUGUCAAUAUUCAGAAGAAGGAUAGACUUGAGAACAUGUUCGAAGCUGGGCAAACGUGGGCUUGUUUUGAUGGAAAAGAUAGCUUGCCAAGAUCAUACGCCACAAUCGCAAAGGUUCUCAAAACAAAUUGGAAUCUGAGGAUGCAAAUUACAUGGCUUAAGCCCGUUCCAUGGUCAAGAUGUGAGAAGAAGUGGAUAAACGCAGGCUUACCUGUUGGUUGUGGAUUUUUUAAACGUGGGAUGAGAAAAACCUUGUAUCCCAAUGCUUUCUCUCAUCAGGUGUCUUGUAUGAAGCUGGAGAAAUGCAAGAGGAAGUCCAAGCCUUACUUCAUUCGACCGAGAAAAGGAGAGACUUGGGCUAUUUAUAAGGACUGGGAUAUUGCUAAUUGGAGCUCUCACCCAGAAAACCAGAGAAAAUGGGAGUAUGAAAUUGUGGAGAUUCUAUCUUAUGAGGUGGAUCUUUGGGGCAUUCGAGUUGCUUGCUUAGAAAAAUUGCAGGGGCAUGUGAGCUCAUUUCAGAGAAGCAAGAAUGAAUCAGUUCUGAUAAGGCCUAAUAGCUACUUUAGGUUCUCCCACAGAGUGCCUUCGGCUCAGAUGACCUGCAAUGGGAGGGUCAGUGUCCCUGAUGGUGUUUUUGAGCUCGAUCCUAAGUGCCUACCUCCUGGAGUGUGAUGAGUUUUGAAUCUUGUAUGGUAGUGACAAUGCUACAUAAGUUGAACUUUAGUAUAUGUGCAAUAUGUGCUGAAGCAUUUUACUUGCUGUUGGCUUUGUUUUAGCUUCAGUGCUGGAAUAUCUAGGUUAUAUUAGACCAUUUUAGCAGAAUCCUAGUUUUAUCCUGUCUGAUGCAUCGAAGUAA